CUGCGAGUUGUUGUCAUUGUCAGGAAUGGUCUUAUCUCUGAUAGUGCUGGGGCUUACCUGCCUUGUGGGCUGCAGUACCAGUGCUGGCCAGCGGGUGCUCUCAGCAGCCAGUGUCUCACUCCUGCAAUCAGGCCAUCACCUGAGGCUGAUUGCAGGAGGUGUAUUAAAGCAGGACCAGGCCUGCAGUCAGUGCCUUGGUGUAUUGUUUCCCAUGAGCCCCUGUACCUUGUAUCCUGUGUUCCUCCUGCCUGAUCCUGACCUCUGCUGACUUCUUCUGCUCUGAUCCCUGGCUCAUUUGACUACUUUCCUGGACAUCCCUAAUCUGGUGCGAACUCCUGUUACC